UCCAAGUAAAAAAUGAAAUAUUUAUCUAUUUCAAACAACCAUAAAUGCAUGUAGAAAAUAAAAGAGCAAAGGUGGGGGUUGGAUACUUAAACUCUCAACAACAUUCCUAUAUCAGUCUAUAAAUAAAUGUGGGAUUACGACAGGCCAUAGGAUAGAGAACAUUGUUCGUUCUGAUGUCGCAGUCGGUGGAAGAGCAGUCAUCUGGCAGUGUUUCUGGCCGCCGAUGCGCAAUAUGUUUCGCCACUCGCCCCUUCAUCCUCCACCUUCUCUUCUACAGAGGUCUCCAACAGCAUCUUUGCACCUCCUGUGUACUAGACUCCCACCCUGGUUCUUUCUGUCCCACCUGUUUCGAUGUCUUCCUUCACAACUCUCCUCCCCCUCAUCUCCUUGCCCUAUGCAAAAAAUGCCCCUCUAUCUCACACCUCUCUUGCGUCCCUGAUGUUGCUUUCGCCUCCAAUGAUUACUUGUGCCCUCCUUGUUCUAACCCUAAUUUCACUUUCUUCUGUGUUACUCCCAAUCGUGCUAAUAAUGCCAUUGAAAUUAACCUCCAUUUGGCUAAACAGUUGGUUGCCGCUGCUACAAUUGCUACUGAGUCGAUCCACAAUGCUGCCGCUAUGGCAAGGUAUAAUGCAGAGAUUAGGGUCAAGGAAGCUUUGGUAGCUAAGGCUGAAGCUGCUGAAGUUUUGAAAAGGUUCAAUAAUCUUUUGAACAACCAUGGUCAUCGGUUUGGUAAUGAUGCGGGGGGGAGCAAGAUACAUGAAGAAGAAGGAUGCUCCUCUCGAUUUCCAAAUGCAGAUGAUGAUACCUUUGUUGAUUAGCUUAAUUAGUUAUCUCUGGAUGCAGAUGAUGAUACCCUUGUUGAUUAGCUUAAUUAGUUACAAUUCUAAAUCAAUGUUAAGGUUUUUCUUGUUCUUUUUAUGUUAUGUAGCUGCUGGUAUCUUGCAACUUCACUCUAUUUUGAAUGCUUGUCUAUUUCAAGGGUUGCUUUUGGCUAAUAGAGGAAUUUGA